GAUCUGUUCUUUUUUCCCUUCCUCCCUUCCCUUCCUUUCCCUUCCCUCAAUUCCUUUUCUGGGCUCUUUCCGGCCAUGUGGGCUCCCUUUUUCCUCUGGACGUCCAUUGCAGCCUCUUGCAACUGAUCUGCAAGGUUUGCAGCAGGGUUUACAGUCCUCUGCAAGGAAGCCAAGAGGAAGAGGAGGUUCCCUGAAGUGAUGGCCUUGGUUCCUGCCAGUCCUGGAUGGGAUGAAGCAGCUGCCUCGCCAGGGAGGAGGAUCUGAGCCAGGACACCAGAGACAGUCCCACACCUGAGCCUCAGACGUUCCUUGUUCGCUGGAUCGGUACCGUUCCCUUGGAGAAGUGCUGGCUGGCGGUGCCACCCUCUGCACCCCUAAUCUUCUCCCUUUUCCAUGUGGCACCCCAUUAUUUCCUACUCGCCCUCCCAAAAGGAGAACCUUCCUGUGUAGGCAUGAACCUCAGCCCUGAAGACCAUGGGAUCUAGAGUGUGGAAAUUUUUUUAUACCCAUGAAUAGAUUCUCCAAGGAGGAUUCUUCUGCUUUGACCUAAACAGACGUGGAUUGUGGGAUUUGCUGUGUGCCCAACAAGCCCAGCCUGGCCUCCUCUGCUCCUCCCGCCUUGCAAAGGACGGCCACCUUGGCUUUGAGUCCCUUGGCUGUGGUUGCCCAGCCAUGUGGUGAGGAAGAAGAAAAGGAGGAGGAGGGAGAAGAAGGAGAAGAUGUCUCUGUCCAGGCUGAACAGCUUUGUCAAUGGCUUCCUGGAGGACCCCUCAGGGCUGGAGGCUGGGGGUCCAGAUAUGUCCCGGAUCCUCAGCGCCUUGGAGGUGGGCACCGUCUUGACCUUGUUCUACCAGAAGAAGUCCCAGAGACCUGAACGGAGGACCUUCCAGGUUCGGCUCAAAAGCCGGCAGGUGGUCUGGAGUCGCACGCUGGAGAAGGUGGAAGGAGAUGUGGAUAUUAGAGAAAUUAAGGAGAUCCGACCAGGGAAGAAUUCCCGGGAUUUUGAACGGUAUCCAGAAGAUGCUCGGAAGUUGGACUCUGCUUUGUGUUUUGUCAUCUUAUAUGGAAUGGACUUCCGUCUGAAGACUUUGAGUGUUGCAGCAUUUUGUGAAGAUGAUGUCAAUCUCUGGGUGACAGGCCUGAAUUGGCUGGUGACUGACACACAGCGAGCACCGACACCACUCUAUAUCGAAAGGUGGUUGAGAAAACAAUUUGACUCGAUGGACAGGUCAAGAGAAGGCAGCAUUACCCCCAAGGAUCUGAAGGCCAUGUUGCCCCAGGUCAACUACCGAGUGCCUAACAUGAGGUUUCUGCGGGACAAACUUCUGGAGGUAGAAGUCCGUAAUGAAAUUACCUUCAGCCACUUUGCACACUUCUAUAAAAACCUGAUGUUUGAAGCCCAGAAAUCGAUAAUUGAACAGCUGGAAUUGUCUUUUCCCUUACGAAACGUGGACCGGCCAGAACUCUGCCAGAUCACACUGUAUGACUUCCAGAAGUUCCUGCAACAUGAUCAGAAGGAAUCAUGGGCAAGCGACAUUGCCAAAGUCCGAGAGUGCAUGUGCAACUACCUGCGGGAUCCCUUCAGUGACAUGACGGAGCCCUUCUUCCAGUUGGAUGAGUUUCUGACGUUCCUGUUCUCCAGGGAAAACAUGGUCAUGGACUCCAAGUAUGAGCAGGUGGCGCCCGAGGAAAUGAAUUACCCCUUGUCUUACUACUGGAUCUCAUCUUCUCAUAACACUUAUCUCACCGGAGACCAGUUCUCCAGCGAAUCCUCUCUAGAAGCCUACGCUCGCUGCCUCCGGAUGGGCUGCCGCUGCAUUGAAUUGGAUUGCUGGGACGGUCCGGAUGACCUGCCAAUCAUCUACCAUGGCCACACACUCACAUCCAAGAUCAAAUUCUUGGAUGUGCUGCACACCAUCAAGGAGCACGCCUUCACCACCUCCGAGUUUCCUAUCAUUCUCUCUAUUGAGGACCACUGCAGCAUCGUCCAACAGAGGAAUAUGGCAUCCCAUUUCAAGAAAGUCUUUGGAGACAUGCUGCUUACCAAGCCAGUAGACAUCAAUGCUGACCAGCUGCCUUCCCCUGCCCAGCUCAAGAAGAAGAUACUCAUUAAGCACAAGAAGCUGGUUGAAGGGAACCUUUAUGAAGAAGUCACCAUGGCCAGCUACUCCGAGAACGACAUCAGCAACUCCAUCAAGAACGGCAUCCUUUACCUUGAGGACCCCAUUGACCACACCUGGAGCCCACACUAUUUUGUCCUGACAAGCAACAAGAUCUAUUACUCUGAGGAGACGUCCCGCUACCAGUCCAAUGAGGAUGAGGAAGAGACGGAACCAAAAGAGGAAUUGAACAACAACGAACUGCACUUCAGUGAGAAAUGGUUCCACGGCAAACUGGGUGGAGGCCGUGAUGGGCGUCAGAUUGCAGAGAAGCUGCUGCAUGAGUAUUGCACGGAGACCGGGGGCAAGGACGGCACUUUCCUCGUACGGGAGAGUGAGACCUUUGUGGGCGACUACACCCUCUCUUUCUGGCGUUCUGGUCGCGUUCAGCACUGCCGCAUCCACUCUCGGCAAGAAGCCGGAGCCACCAAGUUCUAUCUGACAGACAACCUAGUCUUUGACAGUCUCUACAACCUCAUCUGCCACUACCGGGAGGUGCCACUGCGCUGCAAUGAGUUCGAGAUGCGACUGACAGACCCUGUGCCCCAGCCCAAUGCCCACGAGAGCAAGGAGUGGUACCAUGCUAACCUGACCCGCCUGCAGGCUGAGCACAUGCUAAUGCGCGUGCCCCGGGAUGGAGCCUUCCUAGUGCGGAAGCGCAGCGAGCCUAACUCUUACGCCAUCUCUUUUCGGGCAGAAGGCAAGAUUAAGCACUGCCGCAUUCAGCAAGAGGGGCGGCUUUUCAUGUUGGGCAGCUCAGCAGAAUUUGAGAGUCUCCUGGACCUGGUCAGCUACUAUGAGAAACACCCCUUGUACCGGAAGAUGAAGCUGCGUUAUCCCAUCAAUGAGGAGACACUUGAGAAGAUGGGCACGGCGGAAUUAGACUAUGGAGCUUUGUAUGAGGUGCGCACCCCUCACUUUUAUGUGGAGGCCAACAAGAUGCCCAUGGCCAGGUGUACAGUGAAGGCCUUGUAUGACUACAAAGCGCAGCGGGAAGAUGAACUGUCCUUCUGCAAACAAGCCAUUAUUCAUAAUGUUGACAAGCAGGAUGGAGGAUGGUGGCGCGGAGACUACGGGGGCAAGAAGCAGCUUUGGUUCCCUGCCAACUAUGUUGAGGAGAUCAUGAACAUUUCCGUGGCAGAGCAGGAUGAAGCUUCUGUAGAGAACAGCCCCCUGGGCAACUUCCUGAAAGGGUUCAUUGAUGUCCCGUCCUGCCAUGUGGUUAUCUCCAAAGACGGGAGGAGCUCCAAACCAUUUGUCUUCACCAUCCAUUCCCAGCAGAUGACCCACCCAUCCCAGUCGCUGGACGUUGCCACCGACACCCAGGAGGAGCUCAGUGACUGGGUGGCCAAGAUCCGAGAGGCCACACAGAACGCAGACGCCCGGAUGCAAGAAGGAAAGAUCAUGGAGCGGAGGAAGAAGAUUGCCCUGGAGCUCUCAGAGCUGGUUGUGUACUGUCGCCCGGUGCCCUUUGAUGAAGAGAAGAUUGGUACAGAGAAAGCCUGCUACCGGGACAUGUCUUCUUUCCCUGAAACCAAGGCUGAGAAGUAUGCCAACCGCAGCAAGGGCAAGAAAUUCCUGCAGUACAACCGCCGGCAGCUGAGCCGCAUCUACCCCAAGGGGCAACGCCUGGACUCCUCCAACUAUGACCCGCUGCCAAUGUGGAUCUGUGGCAGCCAGUUAGUGGCCCUCAACUUCCAGACACCCGACAAGCCAAUGCAGCUGAACCAGUCGCUCUUCACGCUGGGGGGACGCAGUGGCUUCGUGCUGCAGCCAGACAUCAUGAGGGACGAUCUCUUCGACCCCUUUGACAAGAGCAGCCUGAAGCACGUGGAGCCCAUCACAGUCCAGCUCCAGAUCCUAGGGGCCCGACACCUCCCCAAGAACGGCCGCAGCAUUGUUUGCCCCUUUGUGGAGGUGGAAGUCUGCGGCUCUGAAUUUGACAACAGCAAGAACAAGACGGAGGUUGUAGCUGACAAUGGCCUCAAUCCUGUCUGGCUGGUCAAGCAGUUUGUCUUCGACAUUAAUAAUCCAGAGUUUGCCUUCCUCCGCUUUGUCGUCUAUGAGGAGGACAUGUUCAGUGACCCCAACUUCUUGGCUCAGGCUACUUUCCCCGUCAAGGGCCUUAAAACAGGUUACAGAUCAGUGCCCCUGAAGAACAGCUAUAGUGAAGAUCUUGAACUUGCUUCUCUGCUACUCCACAUUGAAAUUGUCAACGCCAAGGAAGAAGAUGAUGAGAACUUGUAUUCCUCCAUCCAGCAACUCCGGGACCGGGCCAACGAACUCUCCAACCAAGUGUCCAGCUUUGAACACAGCAACAAUUGUGACUCACGUUACCAGCAGAGGCUGGAUGAGCUUCGCGCAGCACAGGAGCGGCUCAUGGAACUGACCGAAGUGCGCAACCGGAAGUGAGUGGAAACCACUUUGUCAGCCAGAGAGAAGAAUGCUGCCCAGUUGUAUUGAUGGAGAAGAAGAAGCGAGACCGGCAGUUAGCCAACAAGCGCAACUGAAUCACCCAGCUCACUUUCCUACCUCCAGCCUCCCCCUUUCUCCUACCCAGCUGCCUUUGGACACCAGCCAUCGCCUGGACAGUUCUUUGCAAUCCACAUUCCGGCCGGCUGGCUGCCUAAAGGCUGGGGCAGAGGCAAGAUGGCCAAGGGAGCCACAGCAGGAGCACUGCCCAGCCCUCUUGGGACUCCGGUGGCUGGCUGGGCGCUCUUCCGUUGUAGUGAGCAGGCUGCCUUGAAGACACACGCCUGCCAGAACCAAGGGCCCUGAAAGUCCCUCAGGACCUGUUACUGAUGCUUGACAUGUUGAGACAUCUGGGGUUACUCUGUUUUAUAAUCCAGAGCAUUUUCUUUCCAUGUGGGCAGAGGGGCUAGGCCUUCUAUUAUUUGUAAUGUAAUCCUCUUUUUUGUUUUUGGUUACAAUUUAACACCAGUGGCAGAUCCUAAGCCAUGUCCCCCACCCCAUAUAAACCUACAAGAGCUCCAUAGGAGGAAAAGCCACAAGACUAGAACAGCAGAAAGCUGAGCCGGGCAGAGAGAGGACUGGUGAGUGUCAGCCAGAUCAAGAGGGCCUGAGAGCAGCGCUUAGAAAACUCCCAAGAAGGGGUUUGAUCAGGAGUUGAAGGAAAGGAGGGCAGAAUCAGUGGGGCCCCUUUCCCCAUGGGUCACAGUUUCAGUCUACUGUGUUUCUCCAAUAAGCACAAGUUCCAAAGUGACCGGUAGCAACCCUGCCCUUGCGUGCUGUUCAGGCCUCUAUAUUUACUUUAGAAGCUGGUCCCGUUUUGUACUCGCAAACAAGAGUGCACAGGAUGGCAGUCUAGAUGUGUAAUUUAUUAUUUAUAGGGAACAAAAAGGAAGCCUCUCUCCUCCCAUUUCAUAGCAUUUCCUGGAGAAUACAUCCCAGGCUUUCCUCCACUCCUGCUGUGGGAAAGAGCAGACCCUGGCUUGCCUCGGAGGGACGUCCAUCUGGGGCAGUGGUCAUCAUCCCAUGCCCAGGCAGAGACCGUCCUGGCAUUAUGUCUUGUGCCAGCCACAGUUUGAGUCUUGCUUCCUCAGUCUGUUCUUAGAAGUUAAGAAGACUGGGAUGUGCCGAAGGUGGAGCAGAACCUACAGAGAGAUGGCACUAUUUUAAUCGUAAAGCUUCGUGUUGGGCAGAACUGACAUUCCUCCUCGAAGAAGAACCCAUAAACUGCAUUUCAGUGACAACGAUGCCAUAAGAACUUGCAAAGCUGUUUGAGAAAAUGUUGCCAUCAAAAAUGGCUUUGGCUUGACACUUGCAUCAACAUUCACUAAAGCAGGAGAAAACCAACAGGAUUGAAGCUGUACCAGCCCCCCAGAGGCACAGUUCAGCCAAGGAGACUCCACCCAAAGGAUGAUAUUAACUACACAGUGAACUACAGCAGCCCAUUCCUAAAGUGUCCUUAACAUUUGCUCCCUUCCCUGAACUGCUUCUGUGCCUUUAGCAGUUCUGGCAAUCCUUUGAAUAGCUUCAGACAGGGGUAUUUUGAGUAACGCUGGUGGACACAAGAAUGGCUAUGAAGUGGAAGAGUUCCCUGUAGCAUCUGCCUUGUCUGCCACUACGCCAGAGAGAGAGACUUUUAUUUAUUCCAGAGCUGUAGAACAUGUAUUUACUAACAUUUUCCUCUUCAUUGAGGCACACAGGCAGGUCUGCAAUAUGCAACUUGGCCUGUUUUGAAAUUGCUGAAGGUAAGUGAGAUGCUGAGUAAGAUAUUAAGCCAAGGUUCCCACAUUCUGUUCAGUUAGUCCCUUAUUCUUUCCUCAAGUCCCUAUUAUAGGACCAUGUAUGCAAAAGAACUAACUCUUACAGCGACAUAUGCUAUGGAUUGCUUUAGAACAAGCCCAGCUGUUGGAAGAAAUUAAAUUAGCAGUAUUUAAAAUGGAACUAAAUCAAAGGAACAGAGAACCAUCCACCAUGAGCCUCCCAUAAAGUAAAGCUGCAACCUAGAAAGGAAUGUGGGCCAUGAAGUGGUACCAAGUCUCUGGUGCUACUUGAAGCUUGCCCAAUUUCUGUGGUGGUUUUAGUACACAAACAGGAGUUUACUGUCCAGAUGAAGGUAGGUAAUAGUUCUACACUCGAGUCUACUUUACUCAGACCUCAUCUGGCAGACUGUCCACUCCUGGACACCACUGUUCAAAGAUAUCCACAAGCAUAUGCCCAGAGGAAGGCGACCAAGUUAGUAAACGUUUGGAAACCAAGACCUACAAGGGAGCUGGGUAUGUUUAGGCUGGAGAAUAGAGGACUGAGAAGUGGCAUGAUAGCCAUCUUUAAAUACCCAAAGAGAUGUCAUAUAGAAGAUGGAGCCAGAUUGUCUGCUGCUGUAGAGAUCAAGACAUGAACAGAUGGAUUCAAAUUGCAAGAAAAAAGAUAGUGUAAGUGCUCUUCAACUGUGGAAUAGGCUGCCUCAGAAGCUAGUGAACCUUCCUUUGGAGGUAUUCAAACAGAUUGGACAUGUACCUUUUGGGAGUGCUUCAGUUGUGUAUUUCUGGAUGGCAGGAGUCUUGACUGGAUGACCCUUGCAGUCCCCUCCAGCUCUAUGAUUCUGCAAUAGGCUUCAGUAGUACCAGCAGUGAACACACAAGCCUAGUUUUCUUGCAGAAGUAUACACACAAGGUUCAAGUAUACAGGCAACAAAAUGUCCAGAAAAGUUAUGUGCUUUCAAGUCAUUUCUGACUUACGGCAACCGUAAGGUGAACCUAUCAUGGCAUUUUCCUGGCAAGAUUUGUUUGCCAUGACCUUCCCCUGAGGCUGAGAGCAUGGGUUGCCCAAAGUCAUCCAGUGGAUUUCAUGGCCAAGUGAAGAACUGAACCCUUAAUCUCCAGAGUCGCAGCCCAACACUCAAGCCACUGAAUUCCAAUUAUUCCUGUUCAGGAAGCAUAGAUUUAUGAAAGAGACUGCCAUUUUUCCUCCACAUACCGUGUUAAGGUGAAGGGGACAUGUUUGCUAGAGUACCUGCAUGCUCCAACAUGAGGCCUGAGAAGAGCCCGUUUUCUAUUCCCUUGCUCAGUUUACUACUUGUAAAAGACACACUGUGGAGUUAGAUGGUGAGGCAGCAUGGAAGUAAUUUUUAAAAUAACAUUUAGUACCUCAGAGAACAAUAUGGACAUGAAUGAUCCACAAGGAGAUGAAAAUGCAUGGAGAUGAAGGAUGGGAAAACAGGCCCAAAGAGAAGCAGAACCACCUUAUUUCACACUUUGGAAAAAUGGGUGUGAGACCCAUAGGAGGAAGGUUACCAGACUACAAUAAAAACCCUGGAACCCAUUAAGAUGACAGGAUAUUUGUUACAAAUCUGAACAGGAGGAAAAACUCAAUUUUCACUAUGGGCGGAAAAAGUGAAGAUCACUUUGAAAUUCUGGGAAACCAGAUACUAAAAUGGGGCCAAACAGGAUUUAACAAGAGAAUACAACUCCAAUACUCCAUCAAAUGCCUUCUCUCUGGGCAAAGCUCAGCAUGCAGGAUAAUACCGUGGAAGAUGGAACUGUAUUCAAACGCUACUUCAGAAUAAAGCACCACCACAUCCAGCAACAGAUAGACAUGUGCCAUCACAUCUAGACUUCACAGCCAAUGGCAAGAAAUGCUGUGGACUGCCAUCCAGCAACAUCUUGAACACCAUGCAGUUCCUACCUCUGCCAUACAGUUUAUAUGAUUCUUUAUAGAGAGAUAUUGUAAGGAAAUAUAUAGCGAUGUUAAAAGGUUGGCUCAGUUUUCUCCUGUGUCCAAGAGAGCUGCCAGGAGUGCUUUCAGGCUGGGAGUUUUGUGAAUAGGUCUUGCCUUCUCUUCCAGGGGUGCAAGUGGCUUACCCACAGCAGGCAUUUGGCAGGGACACUGUCCUCUUCCGAGGAUAAAUGCUGCUUUCAGUUCCUUGCCUUCAAACCUGAGAAAGUGUGCUGAGAAAGAAAGUGGUAUGUUGUGGUUGCACCCAAAUUCAUAGAGCUGGUCUCGUUGCUCAAAGCACUGAAAGAGAACUGACAGUUAUAAAAGAUACCAGGAUAGCAGAACCGGGACAAGCUUCUGCCUGGUAACAGUCAAAAUGGACCAUUACUCUGAAGCAAUUGAAGGGAGUUCACAUUUACAUCAAAAACCGUCUUCAACUCAUUUUGAAAGCACUGCCAAUGUUUCUUUUUCUAAUUAUUUUUACAGUUUACGGUGGGUUUGAGGGGUGACACAAGUACAGUUGCUUCCACAGAGCUGUGAGGUUAGUUUAUCUCCAUUUCAUGCCUCUGGCCUAGAUUCCCUUCUUGCUUUUCAGUUUAGUAUUGGCAGAUUGAAGUCAGGCAAGCCACAGAUGACACAGGAUGGAAAAGCAGCAGGAUCUGCCAGCAGGAAACAUACCUGAGGCUGGGGAGUUCCUGCCGCACUGUUCCAAGUUCCUCAUCCAGGCUGGUUUGCAGCACAAGCAAUCGGCUGGCACACCAGAACUGUCGCAAAAUGCUCAUGUCCCUUCCAGGGCCGCUUGGGAGGGACCCCAUGUAUCCUUUGUAUGAAAAUAAAUCUAUUUAGCCAGUAUUUAUA